AAAAAAACUGCCAGACCAAAACGCCCCGCUUUGGCCAAAGCGGGGCGCUUCGGUACGAGGUCGCUGGGCCGGACAUGAAGUGACAUGCACAACCUUUGUCUGUUGACGUUAAUCCAAAGCGCCCCGUUUGGGUGUGUGAAUAGACCAAGUGUGUGUGUGAAUAGAUCCAUCCUUCUCAAAUUAUAUCAAACCCUCCUCCAACAAAACCUACGGCAUCUACCUUCACCCUGACGCCGACGACCACCUACGCAACGCCGGCGACCACUUUUACGAUCCUUACAUCAGUGUUUUGAUAUUAGGGUUUGUCAAAUCUGUGUGAUUUUGGAUGACUUCUGCCAUUGAAACAAACAAGAGCAACAAACAAGAAUUCUAUGCCUAUCCUUGUUCUAAUUGGUGGUGAAAGAAGGCAUUGAAGAAGAUUGGCAGGCAAGGGCAACCACAUAAAACUGUUACUUGUUGACAGAUUGUUCUUUGCAAUUUCUAAAAUGCUCUGAUUGGGACGAAAUGUUGUCACCUCUCCACAAGCUUCACAUCAGGAAUCCUACCUUUCUUGUAUGUUCUGUGAAAUUGUCAUUCUACUACAACCUCACCACCAUCACGCCUCCUGCAGAUGAUGAUGAUGCCUCCAGCCUUUCUAACCUCAUCCUAAAGUUAGACCCACAAGCUCUAACCCAUAAUUUAGAAUUCAACUCAGUCACCUGGACGCCGGACCUAGUGAACAAGAUCUUAAAACACCUAUGGAACCAUGGCCCCAAAGCCAUCCAAUUCUUUAACCUUCUUGAACGCCACCCCACAUACACCCACUCCGCUGCCUCAUUUGACCAUGCCAUUGACAUUGCUGCCCGAUUGCGCAACUACAAGACCGUAUGGGCACUUGUUGCCCGAAUGCGGAAACGAAGGGUUGGUCCAAACCCUAAAACAUUCGCCAUUAUAACCGAACGGUAUGUAUCUGCUGGAAAACCCGACAAAGCCGUUAGAGUUUUCUUGUCGAUGCAGGAGUAUGGCUGUCAACAAGAUCUGAAUAGCUUUAACACGUUUCUUGAUGUUUUAUGCAAGUCUAGACGAGUUGAAAUGGCGUAUAACUUGUUUAAGGUUUUAAAGAGAAGAUUUAGAGCUGACACGAUCAGUUAUAACAUAAUUGCAAAUGGUUUUUGUUUGUUAAAGCGAACACCUAGGGCUUUGGAGGUGUUGAGGGAGAUGGUGGAGAGUGGUUUAGAGCCAACUCUCAAGACGUAUAAUGUGAUUCUUAAUGGGUAUUUCAAAGCGGGUCAGGUUAAAGAAGCUUGGCAGUUUUUCUUGGAGAUGAAAAGGCGAAGAAGAUGUGAGAUGGAUGUUGUUACCUACACAACUGUGGUUCAUGGGUUUGGGGUUGCAGGUGAGAUUCAAAAGGCGCGCCAAGUGUUUGAUGAAAUGAUUGGGUUAGGGAUACUUCCUUCUGUUGCCACUUACAAUGCAUAUAUUCAAGUUCUAUGCAAAAAAGACAAUGUGGAGAAUGCUAUUUUGGUGUUUGAGGAGAUGUUGAAGAAGGGUUAUACUCCUAAUGCAACAACAUACAAUGUAGUGAUCAGAGGGUUGUGUCAUGUUGGAAAGAUGGAUAGGGCAAUGGAGUAUUUGGAUAAGAUGAAAGAUGAUGAGUGCGGUCCGAAUGUUCAAACUUACAAUGUGAUCAUUAGGUAUUAUUGCGAUGAAGGUGAAAUCGAGAAGAGUUUGAAGGUUUUUAAGAGAAUGGGUAAUGGUGAAUGUUUGCCCAAUUUGGAUACAUACAAUGUUUUAAUAAGUGCAAUGUUUGGGAGGAAGAGAUCUGGCGAUCUAAUGGUGGCAGGGAAACUGCUGAUAGAAAUGGUGGAUAGAGGGUUUAUCCCUCGUAAGUUCACCUUCAAUCGAGUCUUGAAUGGCCUUUUGCUUACUGGAAAUCAAGAUUUUGCCAAAGAGAUACUUACAGCACAGAGCAGAUGUGGUCGUCUUCCUCGUCAGCUCAGAUUAUGAUACAAGUUUAUUUUGCCAAAGUUUCUGGAACAUGUGUCUUGUUGUGAUGUCGGUUGAAAAAUGUUGUUGGAUAUUGGAUAGGCAUUCUAUAUGAGAGCUUUUGCCAGCUUGAGGGCUUCAUAUUACUUCAUCGGUCCCAUAUUAUAAGCGGUGUUGGAAAUAUUUCAGGUAGUGACUACUGCUAGCGGGUGCUUUGCGGCUUCUUGCUGCAUCUCGGUCAAGGAAAUCAGACGGUACCAGUUAACCCGAAACCUUUCUUGAACAAUUUGACUGGGAAGGCUGUGAUUGUGAAACUCAAGUGGGGAAUGGAGUACAAAGGUUAUCUUGUCUCUGUAUGAACUUGCAGUUGUCUAACUCUGAGGAGUACAUUGAUGGUCAGUUUACUGGAGAGAUUCUGAUCAGAUGUAACAAUGUUCUCUAUUUACGAGGUGUACCAGAGGAUGCAGAUCGUGAUUAGCACUCGUGCAUUCAGAUCUAUCUGUUUUACAUUCAACGUCUUAUGUCUUUGUAUUUAGAUGUUAAGAUCUAAGAUGACACUUAAUUUAGAAAGCCUGAACUUAUGAUUGAUGCAAGUUUAAUUGGGUGAAUGUGCAUUUUUUCUGGACUUCUAUUAGUAUGUAUGAAUGUAUCAGACAAUGUUGAAUGUUAGUUAGUUUCUUCUUUUUUCCCUCA